AUGAAGACUUGGCUACUCGAAUUGAAACGGAUCAAAACUGACAAAGAAACCUUGGUGAUUGAAGCGAGAAAUACACCAAAAAAUGGUUUCGAUGAGUCGGAUGAUUGCCCAAGAUUUGCUGGAAGUCGGGUUGCCACCGGUCGUUGCUCGGAUUUCACAUCGUCUACCAUGGCUGCACCGAUUUUGGCAAAUCAGCCACCAGAAAUGCUUCAUUCUUUUAGUUUUCAGACUGUUAUGUACACCUCAUUAAUAGCAAAGAAAGGAGGAACAAGACGUGGAAUCACAUUGCGGAUAGGACAACGUCAAUCUGUCGAACCACUGGUCCGAACAACUCGUACUGGUCCAAUAUGA